AUGUUAAACGACAGCUGUAAUCUUAAUGAUGUAGGUUUUUAAUUUUGAGGUUUUAGGCUUUUUAGAACGUGGUAAACUCUUUAUUUUCAGUCUUUUGAUCUGCAUGCAUUAGAAAAAUACCGAAAUUCUGUAUAUUCUCUCAAUUCAAACGUUUACGAAUUGCCGGAAGAAACAAAUGACGUUAACGUUGAUGAUGGGAUACAUUUCGAUCAUAAAGCAGGGACAGAGUCAAUACUGGGCGUUGUAUCUGCACACUCAAAGUAAGUUCCUUCUGUCUUUUAAUAUUUGAAUGUUUAGAAUCUUGAACGAAGAAUGUGAAUACCUUAAAGGGCUUUUAAACAAGAAAAGGAUUGAGAGACAGCUGAGAGACAAGAAACGGGAAUUGCAAUAUAAGAAGCUGCGGCACAAAGAACGCUGCACCACUUUUGAUGCCAAUGUGCACAAGGAAGCCCUUAGUGUAGUAGUAAGUGUGACAUUGUGCUUUACUUUUUAACUUCUAGAUCAACAGACACGAGGGACAUUUUCGAUGGAUAAACCGGCUGAAUAUUCAAAUUGACACAGAACGACAGUUCAGAGAGGCGCUUAAGUUGCCUAAAAAACUGCCUCUUUUUCUGUCUAUAGAGGAGAAUUACUUUCCUGGUAAGCUAGACAUAUUUUGGUCUAUUUUGUAUUAUUAUUAUCAUUUUUUAAAAUAAUUUUGUAAUAUGUAUUUAUUUUUUUGCAUAUUAAAAAGGACUUUUAAGUAGAUCAAAAUUGUUUUAGAGCUCUCUGAAGAAGCUUUACGUCUGGUAGAAACUGUCUGGUAUGGUCAAAACGACAAUGAAGUGUUUUGUGAAGGCUUUGGAGCGAAAAUAACAAGAAAAGAUCUCAAAACUCUUGGAGGAUUGAACUGGUUGAACGACGAGAUUAUAAACUUUUACAUGAGUUUGAUUAUGAAUAGAGCUGAACAGGACACCUCGUUACCGAAGGUAAAGUUGAAUUGUUUUUUAAUAUUUAAAGGUUACUUACAUUAGGUAAACAGGCGUUUGCUUAAACAAAAGUUUAUUGUAAUGUGGAAACUUUAAGACAUACGUGUUCAACACAUUCUUCUACAAAACGUUGAGCGAAAGAGGAUUUGCUGGAGUAAAGCGAUGGACAAGGAAGGUGGAUGUGUUUUCUUAUGACGUUAUCUUGAUACCUGUGCAUAUGGGCAAUCACUGGUGUAUGUCGAUGAUCGACUUUACGAGGCAGGGCAUCUUCUACUUUGAUUCUCUUGGCGGCAAAAACACGACUUGCCUACGGUUACUCGGGUAAGUUUUAAGUAAACUUUUUAAUUUAUUAACCUACUUUUUAAUAUUAACGUUCUAUCUGUAUUUUUAAAUAUAGACUUGAAGAUGUAAGUAAUAUUUUUAGUAACUACUUGAUGGAAGAGCAUAUGGACAAGAAGAAGAGUAGUUACGAUGUCAGUAUGUGGACUUUUGAGUGUCCGGCUGUGCCAAUGCAGUUAAACGGAUCAGAUUGUGGUGUAUUCUCUUCAAUUUUUGCUGAAUUCUCUUCUCGACUUUGUGAAUUCAAAUUUGAUCAGAGGGUAAUGCCGUAUUACCGACAACGGAUGGUAUACGAAAUUGUGAAUAAGAAACUAUUGAUAUAA